GUUCUUAUCAGGCAGGAAAAGAGAAAGCAAAAGGAAUAUUUUGAAAAGAAAAGGUUAAAAUUAAAAAUGAAAUCACUGGGAGUUUUAUCUCCUGUCAAAAACUCCGCUGUCAGUUUAGACCUCCUUAACCUGUAUGUGGUAAAUCAGAUCUCCUGCCAGAAGAAAAUACCUGAAACUGUGAGAAAACCAAUCCACGUGAAUAUGAAUAGAGACAUAAAAAUGCCCCUAAGAAAGCAUGAUGUAGAACUUCCAAUGUCACCUCCCCGUGUACCAUCUAACCUCUGCAUUGAUGAUAUAGAAAACAAUAUUCACAUUAAAAGACUAGGCAGCAAUGAAGAACUGGGCCCAGGACAGCUCAGUAAUGUUAAUUAUUCUAAUUCCUUGGUUUCCAAAUUAAAUGAAAGUCAAGAUGCUCUCAGUCCAUCAUAUAAAACAGCACAAUUUGGAACAUUAUUUGAAAGACUAAACAGUCCAGGAAAUAGGAAUUUCCUCACUGGAAGACCUGCUGUAGUUAUGGGUGAAGAUUGUGGAAGCGUGGAUAAGAGAAGACACUCAGACUUCAUCACUGAAGAGCAAUCAGUACAACAUAUUUGGGGAGAAAAUAGAAAAGAUGUUUCAGAUUUUCUUCAAGUUGUGAACCAGCCAACCUCUAGCCUUCUAUCAGAAAAAUUUGACUCUUUUAUUAAUGAAAAUACGAUCAAUUUAUUAAGAAUAGAUCAACAAGCCAUAAAGAAACCAUUUGACAAAUGUGAUUAUGGCAGAGAUAUUUGUGCAGUCUCCAGUUCUGAUAAAAACCAUUCCUCUGAUAGAAGCAUUAGAAGUAUUUUUACAGAUCCAGAGUCAAAUUUUAGUAGUUCUAACUUUAAUGAAAUAAGUUAUCCAGAAAAGUGUCAGCCAAACAAGAAUGAUCAGAAAGAGUACAACAAUAAUGAGGGAAAUAAUCCCAAUAUAUCUAUUGAGAAGGAUUGCUAUAUAUCCAGCUCUGAAAAAAAAGGAAAAUUUGAAAGGGGCUACCAAGAGAAGACAACACAGAUGGAAAUCCAGAAAUAUCCAGUGAACAAUAUGAGUAAUAUCCCUUUGGAAGAAUCACAGUCUAAGAAGUCAUGGGGCUUUGGACUUGGCAAGAAUCUGGCAGAAGAAGGAGGUUUGUGUUCACUAAAAGGCACACCAACAGCUACAGAGAAAAUCUGUCAGUAUAACAAUCUUGAGUCUUCACAGAGUAGUCAGUCUUCCAGUUACUCUCCAAGGCCAACAGAUAGUUGUUUCAGUUCUAGUUCAGAAAUGCCAUCUGAAGAUGAAGAUCAAAUAUUGCAUCAAGUUGAAGAUUCAAGUAGGAGAUCCAUCAAAACUGAAGACACAACAAAUAAUUUUUAUUUAGAAAGGACGGCAGAAUUUCCACAUGAUAGCAGUAUUAAAGACAGUGCCAGAAUUCAUGAACAACGUGAGCGUCUUCACCAGUUCUCAAUGAAAAAUAACACAGAUCAGCUAGCACAGUGUCAGAGUAACUCAACCCAUGUAUUACAAACCAAACCCAGUGAUAACUGCAGCAUGCAGUUUGUAAGAUGUGAUGUAUGGGUACAAACAGAGAGUGUACCUGUAAUGAAAGAAAAAUUCGAUGCUGCCAUACAGUGUGAUAUAAUUUCAGGAUGUAAAUGUAGAAGUGAUGUGUCUUUGUUAUGUUAA